GAACCCCUUUGGUAUGGCGAGUAGCAGAACCGAGCUAAAAUUGAUCUUUGGAAUAAAUAAACGAUUCCUACCGAGGCUCGCAGGAGAAAUCGAUUACCCAACUGGUUCCAAUGGUCUGCAGCGGCUGUUCUUCCUCCUCCGCCACUGCUCGGCUCCUCCCAAUGAGCCACCAACACGUUGUUCUUCGCCGCUUCCUACUCGGCCCUCUCUAUUGGCGACCUCCUUUCUGUAGCUUUCCGAGAACAUUCAAAACUCUCGCUGUUCACUCUUCGGCUUCGCCGUCACCUGUUCUCGCCGCAUUGAUCGCCCCUGAGGCAUCAGCUAAAGUAAUCGAUGGAAAAUCGGUUGCAAAGCAGAUCAGGGAUGAGAUAAAUACUGAAGUAUCUCGGAUGAAGGAUACAAUCGGUGUUGUUCCAGGAUUAGCAGUUAUCCUUGUCGGGGAUAGGAAGGACUCUGCAACUUAUGUUCGCAAUAAAAAGAAAUCGUGUGAGUUGGCGGGGAUCAAUUCUUAUGAAGUACGUUUGCCGGAGGAUUCUACAGAACAAGAAUUACUCAAGUUUAUCUCAGACUUCAAUGAUGAUCCUUCAGUUCAUGGAAUCCUUGUUCAGUUACCUCUGCCUUCUCAUAUGAAUGAACAGAACAUCUUAAAUGCUGUUUGCAUUGAGAAAGAUGUUGAUGGAUUUCACCCACUGAACAUUGGUCGUCUUGCCAUGCGAGGUAGAGAACCCACUUUUGUUCCAUGCACACCCAAAGGAUGCAUAGAAUUGUUGCAUAGAUAUGGAAUUAGUAUCAAAGGAAAGAGGGCGGUUGUAAUUGGCAGGAGCAAUAUUGUUGGCAUGCCAGCUGCUCUAUUGCUGCAAAGGGAAGAUGCUACCGUCAGCAUAGUCCACUCAAGAACCAAGAACCCUGAGGAGUUUACAAGACAGGCAGAUAUUAUUAUUUCAGCUGUAGGCCAGCCGAAUAUGGUUAGGGGCAGCUGGAUCAAGCCUGGUGCGGUGAUCAUUGAUGUUGGAAUUAAUCCAGUUGAGGAUCCAAAAAGUCCUCGAGGUUACCGUUUGGUAGGAGAUGUCUGUUAUGAGGAGGCCAGCAAAGUUGCAUCAGCUAUUACUCCAGUUCCUGGUGGAGUGGGUCCAAUGACAAUAGCUAUGCUUCUUUCGAAUACUCUCAUCUCAGCGAAGAGGAUGCACAACUUCCAGUGAAAUUUUCAGAAUCACAUGUUCCAAGGAGUUUGGAAAGAUGCUUGUUUCACUAGUUCUAUCCGCUUUUCAUCUAUACUAUGGGUUGCAUCCUCGGUCUGGCUUGCGCUGGCAUUGAUGUAGGUACUCUAAAUUACACACAAACUUGGAACUUUACAGCCAAUUGUACUGAAACUUGAAUGUCUCUGCAGCUGGUCCAUUUUAUGGCCCCUUGUAAUUGUUGCUAAAACUUAAAUUUCCUUGAUUUUGAA